GGCAUGGUACCACAAGCUCAGCUCCACUCUUCGAGCCCAUGGCUUCAAACGGUCUGAAGCCGAUCACACCUUGUUCACCCUUCGCUCCGCCAAUGGCCUGGUUGUGGUCCUGAUCUAUGUGGAUGACAUCAUUAUCUCCGGUGAUGAUAAGGAAGGUAUUGACACCACCAAGGCCCUUCUUAACACUUCCUUUGAUAUUAAAGAUCUUGGUGCGCUCAAGUACUUCCUUGGGAUUGAAAUCUCUCGCUCUCCGGAGGGUUUGUUUCUCUCCCAAAGAAAGUAUACCCUUGAUCUUUUACAUGAGACAGGUAAACAUGGAGCUAAGCCGGUAUCUACGCCUCUUGAGGAAGGAUACCAGGUCAAGCGAAAGGGGGAGAUGAAACCGACACCAAAUGCUCCGGCCACCAAGCUGGCCGACCCAUAUGCGGAUCCGGGGAGAUAUCGUAGGCUUGUAGGGAAACUGAUCUAUCUCAAAAUCACACGACCAGACUUGUGCUAUGCCGUUAACCAAGUUAGUCAACAUAUGCAAGCACCGACCAACUUUGACUGGAACACGGUGGAACGGAUCAUGUGUUACCUAAAAGGGAGUCCCGGCCAAGGUGUUUGGAUGGGCAAGAACAACAGUACGGAGAUAGUAGGGUAUUGUGAUGCAGAUUACGCAG